CGCCGGAGUCUGGUGGCCCCGUUGUGCUGGAGUGAAUGAAGAAAGUUGGUCAGUGUGUUGAUGAGACGCUGCCGGAGACUGUGUGAUAAACAACGCUGGGGGACUUCAGCCUUCAACGUCUUAUGGCCUUUCGAAAGGACUGCGCUGAGAUUUCUCUUCUCUAACCACCGGACAUAUCAGCAUCACCGCCACAGGACGGAUCCAUGCGCCGAGGCAGGAUCCUUAUUCUCUUAUAGACAAGGGUCCACCUCUGACUGAGAUGGCUGUGUCACUGCGCCGCCACAGGGCGGUUCUGUUGACUGUGGCCUUCUGCCUCCUGCCCUGCAUCGCUUCCUCCCUCAACCUGGAGGAUCCCAACGUCUGCAGCCACUGGGAGAGUUACUCAGUGACGGUGCAGGAGUCGUACGCCCAUCCUUAUGACCAGAUUUAUUACACCAGCUGCACCGACAUCCUAAACUGGUUCAAGUGCACCAGACACAGGGUGAGCUAUCGGACGGCAUAUCGCAGAGGAGAGAAAACCAUGUACCGAAGAAAGUCCCAGUGCUGCCCAGGCUUCUAUGAGAAUGGAGAGAUCUGUGCUCCUCAUUGUGCAGAGAGCUGUGUCCACGGCCGUUGUAUGGCCCCCAACACCUGCCAGUGUGAACCGGGCUGGGGGGGCUCCAACUGCUCCAGCGCUUGCGACAGUAACCACUGGGGUCCCCACUGCAGUAACAGAUGCCAGUGCCAGAACGGAGCGCUGUGUAACCCCAUCACCGGAGCCUGUAUCUGCACUCCUGGAUACAGAGGCUGGCGCUGUGAGGCCCAGUGUGAAGUGGGCACGUAUGGAAAUGGAUGCCAGCAGAAAUGUCAGUGCCAGAACGGCGCUGCCUGUCACCAUGUGACUGGAGAAUGCAAGUGCUCCCCAGGAUAUACUGGAGCUUUCUGUGAAGACCUCUGUCCUCCAGGUAAACAUGGACAGCAGUGUGAGGAGAGAUGUCCCUGUCAGAACGGAGGAGUGUGCCACCAUGUGACUGGAGAGUGCUCCUGUCCUGCGGGAUGGAUGGGUACGGUGUGUGGCCAGCCGUGUCCCGAGGGGAGAUUUGGACAAAACUGUUCCCAGGAAUGUCAGUGUCACAACAACGGCUUUUGUGUGUUGUCCACUGGACAGUGUCUCUGCACCCCUGGAUACACAGGAGAACGGUGCCAAGACGAGUGUCCAGUUGGUACUUAUGGUGCUGGCUGCGCAAAGAAGUGUCGCUGUAAGAACAACAGCAAGUGCUACCACACCAACGGAAUGUGUCUGUGUGAGCCAGGAUACACAGGGGAGAUCUGCGAUGUCCGACUGUGUCCUGAAGGACACUAUGGCCUCCGGUGUGACAGGAAGUGUCCGUGCUACGCCCAGAACACACAAAGCUGCCACCCAAUGUCAGGGGAGUGUACAUGUAAGCCCGGCUGGUCCGGCCUCUACUGCAAUGAGACGUGUACCCCAGGAUUUUACGGCGAGUCCUGCCAGCAGGUGUGCCAGUGCCAGAACGGUGCAGACUGCCACAGCGUGACCGGAGAGUGCAUCUGCGCUCCGGGCUUUACGGGUCCCAACUGUUCAGUCCCCUGCCCAGCAGGGACACAUGGAGUGAACUGCUCCUCCAGCUGUAAGUGUAAGAACGGAGCUCAGUGUUCGCCUGUGGACGGAUCCUGCUCCUGUAAACCAGGGUGGCAUGGGGUAGACUGCUCCAUCAACUGUCCCAGUGGUACCUGGGGCCUUAGCUGUAACCUCACCUGCAUGUGUGGCAAUGGAGGAUCGUGUAAUGCCCUGGAUGGUCACUGUACCUGUGCACCCGGCUGGAGAGGAGAGAAGUGUGAACUCCGCUGCCAGGAUGGGACCUACGGUCUUGACUGUAAGGAACGCUGUGACUGCAGUCAUGCUGACGGAUGUCACCACUCUACUGGUCACUGCCACUGUCUGGCUGGAUGGACAGGUAUCCACUGUGACAGUGUGUGUGAAGAGGGCCGCUGGGGCCCAAACUGCUCCCGCCCCUGUAACUGUAAGAACGGAGCCUCCUGCUCUCCAGAUGAAGGAACCUGUGAGUGUGCUCCAGGAUACAGAGGCACCACCUGCCAGAGGAUCUGCUCUCCAGGUUACUUUGGUCACCGCUGCAGUCAGACCUGUCCACAAUGUGUCCACAGUAACGGUCCGUGUCACCAUGUUACGGGACAGUGUGAUUGUCUACCGGGCUUCAAGGGGGCGCUGUGCAACGAAGUGUGUCCCAGUGGCCGCUUUGGGAAGAACUGUGUCUGGAGCUGCAGCUGCACCAACAACGGCACCUGUAACCCCAUCGAUGGCUCCUGUCAGUGUUACCCAGGAUGGAUUGGCAGUGACUGCUCCCAACCGUGUCCGCCCGGUCAGUGGGGACCCAACUGCAUCCACACAUGUAACUGUCACAACGGAGCCUACUGCAGCGCUUACGACGGAGAAUGCAAGUGUACCCCGGGAUGGACCGGCCUCUACUGCACACAGCGCUGUCCUUUGGGUUUCUUUGGGAAGGAUUGUUCUCAGACCUGCCAGUGCAGGAAUGGAGCUGACUGUGACCACAUCUCCGGGCAGUGCACCUGUCGCACCGGCUUCAUGGGACGUCAUUGUGAACAAAAAUGUCCUCCUGGUUCGUAUGGUUAUGGCUGCCGUCAGGUCUGUGACUGUCUAAAUAACUCCACCUGUGAUCACAUGACUGGUACGUGUUACUGCAACCCAGGCUGGAAGGGAGCUCGCUGUGACCAGGCUGGUGCGGUGGUGGUUGGCAGCCUUAACAGCUUGACCAGUGCAGCCAUGCAGGUGGACACCCACCAGAUCGGAGCCAUCGCAGGGAUCAUUGUCUUGGUGCUGCUGGUGCUCUUCCUCCUGCUACUCUUCAUCAUCUACAGGAAGAAGCAGAAGGGCAAAGAGCCCACCAUGCCGGCUGUGACCUACACUCCUGCUAUGAGGGUCACUGCCGAUUACACCAUCACAGAUGCUCACCCACCAUGUGAGGCCCUCCCCAGCAACUACUUCUCCAACCCCAGCUACCAUACUCUGACCCAGUGCAUAGGCCCCCCACAUGGUAGCAAUGGUCCAUAUGGAAAGGCCAGUAACAACCAGCUGUUUGUGAAAUUGAAGAAUGUGGAUCAGAGGAAAGGAGCUCCUCUAUCUGAUCACACUGGUACACUGCCUGCAGACUGGAAACAAGGGGAUUUCAAUGAACUAGGAGCCUAUGGAAUUGAUAGGAGAUACAUAGGGAAAUCGUUACGAGAUCUUGUGAAGGAUACACCCUAUCAUGCCAGUUCCUGCUCCCUCAACAGCUCUGAAAACCCAUAUGCCACUAUAAAGGACCCUCCUCUACUCACAGCCAAAAACACAGAGUGCGGCUACGUGGAAAUGAAGUCACCAGCCAGACGGGAUUCGCCAUAUGCUGAGAUCAGCAACAGCAGCCCCACCAAUAAUCGGAACGUCUAUGAAGCUGAGCCAGCUGUUAGCACCACCCUGCCCACUGGAGACAGCAAUGGCGACAUACAGUUUGGUCAGGAUCCAUACGAUCUACCAAAAAACAGCCACAUCCCCUGUCACUACGACCUCCUGCCAGCCAGAGAGAGUCCAUCAUCAGAGCUCAAGGAGCUGGACAGUGAAUGAUUGCGCAGAGACUUAGUACACAGACCACACAGGUCUCACCUCCGGUCAACAGCUCCAGCACUGGAUGUUCCACAGACAGACACACUUUAUACCCAUGCUAUACUUUCACUUGUUAUUUGCUGUUAUACUUUGAUUUUAUCAGUGUAAUUAUGUAUCAUGACUUCUUUAUGAACAAAGUGGGUAUGUAAGAGUUUGGAGGUACAGCUGUUUUAUAGCAUAUUUUUUAAAGUGCUGUGAAGUCUUCAUAGGUCAUUCCAUAUGUCUUGGAAGUAAGUUGUACUUAAGGCAGUCCUUCUCAAAUAGUGGGACGCAUGUGACCCCAGCAUCGCACCGGAGACGGAGAUAAUGAGACAAACGAAAGUCACCCGAAAGCUAAGACGAGGAAAUAUGACAAAGCGUGUACAGCGCUUGGCUUCACUGUGACUACGGUGGGAGACGAGCAAAUAUCAGUGUGUUCAUUAUCUAUUUAUAGUCGCAGGGGGGGCGAAAUGCUUUUUUGUUCCUGGGGGGGGGGGCGGUGUAACAGAAAAUAAUUGAGAAGCACUGGCUUUAAGGUAUGCUUUGAACAAGCAGCUUGUCUGAUGCAUUGUCCAAACUCUGGUAAGGGCAAAGGUGUUUCAACUGUUCCACACUCAAAGGCAGGCAGAAAAGCCUGCUGUCACAGCCUCCUUCUGACUGCCUCCUUGACCUCUCUCCAAGAACUCUUUUUUUUCUUUUCUGUGUCUUGUAGUCUCAAUGCAACGAAUCGUACAAAUGGCAAUAACGCACACAUUCAGAACGUGGCAAGGCAUUUGUGCUGUUGAACUUGGUUGCACAUGUGAAAAGUAAUCUGCCUCCUUUUCAUUCCUCCACAAACUGUCUUCAUUGCUGCAGAGAAGUGGGCACGGUUGUUGUUGGAUGUGUUUGCUUUGGGAAGUUACGAAAAAACCCAAUGCCGAUGGAAAAAGGUGGUUUCAGAUGCUGUUAAAUGAUCAG